AUGGCCGAUACCGUCAUGUCUAACGGCACUCACACGCCCACCACACCCAAGCCAGCACAUGCGAGUCUAGCACUGACCGAGUACACCGCCAACCCUUCGCCUCCAUCAACAACACCAAAGGACAAGACUCACGAUGCUGGUGUGCCGGAGGACUUUCUACUACCUAACGGGUAUCCUGAUUAUCUUCGCCUCAUCCUCACGGCAAAAGUGUACGAUGUAGUUGAAACGACACCCCUCACCCAUGCCAUCAAUCUCAGCAACCGGCUAGAAUGUAAAGUCCUGCUCAAGCGGGAGGACCUGCAGCCCGUCUUCUCGUUCAAGCUUCGGGGUGCUUACAACAAGAUGGCUCAUUUGACUGACGCGCAACGAUGGAAAGGUGUAGUAGCGUCGUCAGCAGGCAACCAUGCCCAAGGCGUAGCAUACUCUGCCCGGAAACUCAAAAUCCCAGCAACCAUCACAAUGCCAGUCGGAACACCAGCGAUCAAACACACCAACGUCUCACGAUUAGGAGGCAAUGUUGUCCUUCACGGUGAGGACUUCGACGCAGCCAAAGCCGAGGGUGCACGUUUAGCGAAAGCUCAUGGACUGACCAACAUCCCACCCUUCGAUGAUCCAUACGUGAUUGCCGGCCAAGGAACCAUCGGCGCCGAGAUUCUUCGGCAGGCUGAUUUGAGUAAACUUGAAGCCAUCUUCUGCUGUGUAGGAGGCGGAGGCUUGAUAGCAGGAACAGGUGUCUAUGUCAAACGCAUAGCGCCGCACGUCAAAGUCAUCGGAGUCGAGACCUUCGAUGCCAGCGCUCUCGUGCAGUCACUAAAAUUAGGCAGACGAGUGACACUGAAAGAAGUCGGCCUCUUCGCCGAUGGUGCUGCCGUGAAGACUGUUGGAGAGGAGACCUUCCGUGUCUGCCAAGACGUGGUAGACGAUGUCAUUCAAGUCGAUACAGACGACAUCUGCGCAGCAAUCAAAGACGUCUUCGAAGAUACUCGCUCCAUUCUCGAACCCGCCGGCGCACUCUCCCUAGCCGGACUGAAGAAGUACGUCGAACGCAAUCCCUCCUCCAACACAAAUCGACAACUCGUCGCCAUCGCCAGCGGCGCAAACAUGAACUUCGACCGCCUGCGUUUCGUAGCCGAACGAGCAGCAAUAGGUGAAAAGAAAGAAGCACUUCUCGCCGUCAGCAUCCUGGAACAACCCGGCGCGUUCGCAAAACUAGUAGCGGCCGUGAGUCCCAUGGCCGUGACAGAAUUUAGCUAUCGAUAUUCUUCUGGCAGUCGAGCAGAUGUGCUUCUCGGAAUCCAAAUGACCGCUUCGAGCCGGAGUCGAGACUUGGCGAAUUUGAUUGAGCGGUUGGGGAAUGAGAGUAUGCAAGCUAUCGACCUUUCAGGCGACGAAGUAGCUAAGUCGCAUAUCCGAUACCUUGUCGGUGGACGAAGCGACGCAGCAAACGAACGCCUCUUCGCCUUCGAGUUCCCGGAGCGUAGUGGAGCACUGUACAAAUUCUUGACGACGCUGCAGCCGGGGUUUAACAUCAGUCUCUUCCACUACAGGAAUUACGGCGGGGAUAUCGGGAAGGUGUUGGCGGGGAUCCAGGUUCCGAAGGGUGAGGAGGAGGGACUGGGGAGGUUUCUGAGAGAGAUCGGGUAUGGGUAUAGUGAGGAGACGGGGAGGGAGAGUUAUAGGAUGUUUAUGCGGCCGUGA